GUCCUCAGUUUCAACUCUCUAUUUCUCAGGAGUAUAUUCGUCAUCCAUGGUUCUCAAUCAAAAUCACAUUUUUCUCCUCCUUUCCAUCAAAGACUGAUAGGAAUCUGAUUCAUAAAAUUUCCCCAGUUCAAACCCCUUUAAAAAAUCCCCAAAUCCAAUUCCAAAAACCCUAGUUAUCAGCACACAAACCUUAAUUCAAUCAAAUUCUAAUUUGGGUCAAAACAGAUUUGGAAACAUUCUCAUCAGGUAUGAUAAAAAUCCGAUCUUUUUGAAUUUUUUUCUUCAUUUUUCAAUGAAUUCAUCAGAUUCAGAAAAAGGGUUUUUCCCAGAAGAAGUUAUACUUCAAAUCCUUGCAAGAUUACCAAUCAAAUCACUAUACAAAUGUAAAUCAGUUUGUAAAAAUUGGUACAGGAUACCUUCACAGAAUUACUUUAUUACCCUUUACAAUGAUAUCUCCUCAAAGAAUCCAAUGAUACUAGUUGAAGUCAUCAAAUCAUUUUAUGUCAAAUCUAGUUAUAUAUGUGUUGAUAGAUUUAAAGGUGUUGGUGAAUUUUCUUUGGAUUUUAUUAAGAGUGACAGGGUUAAAGUCAGAGCAUCAUGUAAUGGUUUGUUAUGUUGUGCUAGUAUUCCUAAUAAGGGGGUUUACUAUGUUUGCAAUCCAAUGACUAAAGAAUAUAAGUUGUUGCCGAAGACUCGAGAGAGGCCUAUGACUAGGUUUCAUCCUGAUGAUGAAGCUACAUUAGUUGGUUUGGGUGUGGAUAUGGUUAAAGGGAAGUUUAAUGUUGUUUUAGCAGGGUUUUACCGUCCGUUUGGUAGGAGACCGCUUGAUUCAUUUGUUUGCUUGGUGUAUGAUUCUGAGAUGAAUUGUUGGAAAAGAUCGGUUACGUCGUUGAAUGAGGAAUUUACACAUAUGAACAAGAAUCAAGUUGUGUUUGUGAAUGGGUAUUUGCAUUGGUUGACGUAUAAUUGUAUGUAUGUACUUGUGUUUGAUAUUGAAAAUGAUGUUUGGAGGAAGAUUUUGUUGCCGAAAGAAGUAGUGAAUGGGUGUGGACAUAGAGUUCAUUUGUUGGAGUUGGAUGGGUUUUUGUCAAUGGUUCAGAUCUCCGAUUCCUGGAUGACAAUUUGGGUGUUGAAAGAUUAUGCAGAAGAAGAAUGGUAUGAGACGGAUAAAGUGAGUCUCAGGUGUAUCAAAGGACUUGUACCGAGUGUUUUUCCAAUUAGUCAGACCAGUGAAUUUGUAUUAUUGGCAACUCAAAGACAGGUAUUGGUCUAUCAUCGAAAGAGUCGAUUGUGGAAGGAAAUGUAUUCUGCGAAGAACAGUUCGACUUAUCCAUUAUGGUUCUCGGCCCAUGCUUUCAAAAGCACUAUCUUCUCUUGUCGUGAUGGUGCUGUGGACAACUCUCCUUAAUGCAGGCAUGUUUCUCAGGUUAAUUGUGUUGUUGUAUAUAGGCUUUUACUGUUAUGUUCUUAAAAGUUUGAUUUUUUUUCUUUUCCCUUACUGACGAAUCCUUGAAAAUAGAAAUUUCGUUUUAAGGCUUGAAAAUUUCACAGUUCGUGGUUAGUUUCCUGCUGUAAUAUUAGUAACAUGUUUGCUCAAAUGCUGGUUGUCUGGAGCUUGUUAUCUAACCUAUUGUCAGUUGAUUUCACUAUUCUAUAUGUAACAAGUACUUCGUUGGUUUGAAAUGUCUAUCAAGCAUGUUAUGUUUUGCAUUAUGUCUGUUUGAAAGAGCUAUUGGUUAUGUUCCCA